AUGGCCCCAUCGUCCGAAAAGACCUUCGCAAAUGAAGUCCUGCGGCUUCACAACGACUACAGGGCAAGGCAUGGCUCUCCCCCAUUGUCCCUUUCGAAGGAGUUGAACGUUUACAGUCUGGCAUGGGCACGGCAGCUGGCCGAAUGGAAUCGAAUGGUUCACCGAUCGGAUGAGGGGAGAAAGGAUGGAAAAGAAUACGGGGAGAAUCUGUUCAUGCGUAAAUCGACGGAUAGAGUUCCAGUGAAGGCCAAUAAUGCCGUAGACGCUUGGUACAACGAAAUCCAUCUCUACACUUUUGGAACGAAAUGUUCGGAGGAAACCGGGCACUUCACGCAGCUGGUGUGGACGAAGAGCCGUCGAUUGGGGGUCGCAAGAGCGAAGUCCAAAGAUGGUCUGACCUGGUACGUCGUCUGCAAUUACGAUCCACCCGGGAAUGUCAGCGGGUAUUUCAACGAAACCUACGUUCCUCGACCGCUCUCUCAGACAGGGGGAAAAGUCGUCUCUCGAAAAGUGGAUUUCAAAAGAGGAAUGUUGGAGCAGCAUAAUCAUCAUCGGAAGAACCACGGAGCGCCUCCGCUAAUUCUCGACAAAGCCUUGAGCAAGCAAAGUCAAGAAUGGGCAGAAAAGUUGGCGAAAGAGGACCAGGGAUUGAGGCACCGUCCAGGAGAGAAGCUUGGCUCCUGCUUGUACCAACUAAAAAACCACGGCUGUGACAUUAUUCCGAAGGAAGUCGUGGACUCCUGGUAUGAACAACUUUCUACCUUCAAUUUCCGGAACCGAGAGAGGAAUGGACCGAGCACCGGGUCUCAAGUGAUCUGGAAAGAAUCGCAGCGUUUGGGACUGGGGAAGGCCUUGACGAAAGACGGAAAGACGUGGUACGUCGUGGCUCACUACGAUCCGCCUGGGAACGUCAAUGGAAGAUUCUCUGCGAACGUUCUCCCUCGACAAAUCUCCUCGAUAACAGUCGCGAGUCCUUCCCGGUCAUCCAAAUCUUGUUCUUGCUUAAUUCUUUGA